AUGCGCUACAACGCUACCAUAUCAAACAGGGUCUGCGCCCCCUGGACCAGUGUCCGCGACCACGAUGGCACCCUGACGUGGGAGUCGACCGUACAGCACCAGGCCGGCCAAUGCCCCUCCCGCCGUAAUCUGGGUCUGGCCGGGGCGCGGGGCAAGCGAGGGAGGCCCGAAGCCGGCCAGUGA